UUGGCGCGAGGGUGCAGUGUUCAAGGAAAAAAACAACGGAAUCGGGCGGCGAUAAAGCACGAAAAAAAAGAGCUAUACCCGAAGAAAAGCUAACCCUGUCAUGGAUCUGGGCGACUCCAAGGUGCGGGCAGUGCGUGUGCUUGGCCAGGGCACCUUUGGCCGGGUGUUCCUCUGUCAGCAGCGCGACGCCGAUGGCGAAACGCGGAAGGUCUGCGUCAAGCGGAUCAUUGUACGGAACCCGAAAACCGAGCUGCGUCCCAUCAUGGAGGAGGUGUACAUCAUAUCGCAGCUCCGUCAUCCGCACAUUGUCCAAUUCCUGCGCUCCUUCAACCACGCCGGCACAGUUAACAUCGUGAUGGAGUACGUGCCCAAUGGCACCUUGCGGGACGUGAUCGAGCGCCUGCCGAGGGGAGGAUCAACGGGCGGUGUGCCUCAGAGGCGUCUGUUGCGCUUCUUCUGCGACAUGGUCGUGGGCCUGGAGUACCUUCACAUCCGUUGCGUCAUCCAUCGGGACAUAAAGCCGGAGAAUAUGCUGCUGGAUGCCAACGAUCGGGUCAAGAUUGCAGAUUUUGGCAUCUCUAAUGUCCAUGCGCCCAGCACACAGCUACAGGUGGGAAUGGGCACACCGCUUUAUAUGUCACCCGAGGCUAUGGCCAGCCAGGGCAAGGUGGACUUUAAAUCGGAUAUAUGGUCACUGGGCCUGGUCCUUUACGAACUGUGCCUGGGCAGGAGCCCGUUUACCGCACUUCUGGAGAAGGGAGACGCUGCCACCGCAACUCCUGCCCAGCUUCAGGCAGUUAUCCAGGCUCUGGUCCGUCCCAAACUCGACUGUCAACUCAUCCGGAGGCUAUACAAACCCGUGUGGGCACGCAUCUGCGAGCUGAUGAUCGUCUACGAGCAGAAACGUCGCAUCUGCCUUCCAGAUCUCUACCAUGUGGAUGCCGGGAUCACAGCGGCGCUGUACAGGCAGUAUUUCGACUAUAGAUACUAGGAGGAGUGCUAUAAGCUAUAUUAGGAUUAAGUAAUAAACUAUAAGACUGUGUGGACUGCAAAACCCC